AUGGACGUGAACCGAAUACCCAUUUUUCUUUUUUCUUUGUAUUCUUCGCUUCUGGAAAGUUCCCAUUGUAAACAAGCAUGGGAGAUCAACGAAGGACUUCGCGAUGGACCUAUUUACGGCGAUAUGUGUAAGUUUUGAAAAUGUUCUGGUCAUCAGAAAAAAUUUAUUUCUUUUCAGUACUUACUCCGAUUCAACAACAGAGGUAUGAUUUGGGCAACGACACUGCAUUGACGGUGCGCGGAGUUUCUGUCAAGGAGUCUGCUUUCAACCGUUGGGACGAUAACAUCGUUCCAUUCAUCAUUUCACCGCAGUACAGUUCCCAACAGUAAGGACUGGACACAAGAGACAAAACUAUUAUUUAUGUUCCAGGGUUCAAGUUCUGAAGUCUUCUCUGAGACGAUUUGAGCAAAUCUCCUGCUUCAAGUUCAAGGAGCGGACUCACGAAUACGACUACUUAUUCAUAGUUCCCCUUGAUGGGUGUUAUUCCUACGUCGGCAAAAUAGGCGGACGGCAGACAAUGUCCCUUGCUGUUGAUUGCAUCGCUGAUUAUAUUAUUUGGCAUGAGGUACAGCUGGAUAAUGACGGUCGAAGUCGUUUUGUCCUCAGAUGAUGCACGCGCUGGGUUUUGAGCACGAGCAUCAACGUCCUGACCGCGAUUCUUUCAUCCGUGUCGAGUAUCACAACGUCCAGCCGGGACAACUCGGUGAGGAGCGUCCGAGAACCUUUUUGACUUUCUUUUCAGUCAAUUUCAACAAGCUAGCCGCCUCACAAGUCGAUUUCCCGGAUACCUAUGACUAUCAGUCCAUCAUGCACUACGACAGCCAUGCUUUCGGGAUGAUUGACACUUCGCGCAGGAUUCGCCUCGCUACCAUGAUCCCAACAAAGGUGAAAAGCUCCUCAUGCUUCAAGUACUUGCGUGUUUUUCAGUCAGGCGUCGAACUCAUCGACAAUUUGAAGUUCUCCGCGACUGACAUCGCCAAGCUUAACCGCCUGGGUAAAUGUUCGACGAACGGAGGAGCUGGCGUCGAAACGAAGCAAAAGACCUCCGGAACGUGUAGAGAUUUCGCGAAGAAUUGCGACCACAUGAAACAAGUGAGAACUAUUUCAGGCAUACAUCGGCUGGAUCCAACCACAGCCUUUUGCGCGCGAAAAAAAAACUUGGAAAUGUACUGAGGUUUUCUGCACUUUUCGGGGGGUAGGCCGCACCCCGGGGUGGGGUCCAGCCGACGUAUGAUUUCAGGUCGAAUUUUUUCACAAGGAAUUUUUCCAGAAAGGCAUGUGUACAAUGCCGUUUUUCCGCGCUUCAAUGGAGAAAAACUGUCCAUCGACCUGCAGUUUGUGCCCCAAAAAGGCACAUGACAACUUGACGAACGCGUUGGAGUCCGUCUUGACUUGCCAAGAUGCGGUGGGUUUUCCGACAAGUGUCAAUAAAGCGCAAAUACUAUUGAGUCUUCUGAACGUUUGACUUUCGAAUUAUAUUAUCUUUUUUUAAAAAAGUGUUUAGUAGUAUGAAUUAAUCGGUCCGUUCUCAACAGGUGCAAGAAACUUUAGUUUGAUAAUAAAAAAAUUCAAAUAGUUUGUGAAACGUCGAACUGAAGCUUCAAAAAUGUACGGUUCAAGUUGAGAUAUUUGCAGUAUUGUAUUAUAAUAUACUUUUUAAUAUUUUUUUCGGAUGAUUUUUCGGUGUAUGAACUCUUUUUCCAGCCCAGUGUAAAUUGCUCUCGAUUCCGUCCGCAAUGUUCCGUGAAGCAGUACGAAGAGCUGAUGACGCGGCUCUGUCCGGAGACGUGCGGAUUCUGCAGCCGGUCUUCCGACGCCGUUUGUCAAGACAGUGUUGGAGAUUCUUUCUUUUGUCGAUCUUUCAGAUUGAUGUUUCAGGAUGAGAACUGCAUGACCUACGUGGCAAACGGCUUCUGCACCAACGAAUUCUACUCCAGCGUCCGACAUAAAUUGUGCCUCAAAUCUUGUAAUCUUUGUUAG